AUCAUAACAUCUUGUCACCUCGGAUCACACGUGCAAUUUGCGGAACGUCGGGACAGUCCACAAGUGAGCAGAAGUUUGCAAAACUCCGACCCUCUAAAACCUUCAAAACACAACUAACUUAUCCGAAAUUCGGCAAAACAUCUCAAGCUUGAUAUGAAUGGUGUAGCGAGACAGCCAAGGGGACCGCUCUUCAACGCAGAAGCGGAGAGAAAUGGGGAAAGUACUGCUACUUGGUCAAAUUCUCGAAGGCGAUUUUCAAGCGAGAGCGGCGACUUCUAUAGAGAGGAUGGGCCGGAUUUCUCUUACAGCGAAUACAGUCUCUCUCUGAAUAACAGUUCCCAUCAAGAUGAGCAGAAUAUAUUCAUCACACAUGUAGAGAGUCCUACAACAUUUUGGGCGCAGGCUGCAGAUCCAAAGACUGUGGAAGCUAUAGAAAAGCUCACUGUGGAGCUCCAGAUGUACUGUGCUAAUAAACCCGUCCUUCAAAACCGUCCACUCAUUAAAAAGAUUUAUGGUGGCAUCUACAGCAGUGAUGGCAGCUGGUAUCGUUGCAUUGUUGUCAAAAGGGAUUCUGGACCAAAGAUCCCUGUUCGGUUUAUUGACUUUGGCAACACUGAGGAAAUUACCAAGCAGAACAUGGUCUGUCUGUCCCUCUCCCUCAUCAACCAGCCGCCAUAUGCACAGCGCUAUAGUCUAGAUGGAUUAGGAGAACCUCAGCCAUCCUCCUCACAGUAUGCACAGGCUAUGGAGUACAUGACUAACCUAGCAGUUGGGAAGAUGCUCUCUGUGACUGCUAAAAGACAAAGGACUUCUAUGAUAGAUGCGGUCCCAGUUGAAAUGAUAGACAAAGAGGCUGGACUUAACAUUAAUACUGACAUGAAAAGCAAAGGGCUUGCUCUGCAUGCACUACCUGGAUCAGGAAGGGUCAGCCCGUCAUUGCCAAAGACUCCUAUUUCACCCGUUAUUAAGCAGGUCCCAUCAUCUCCACUAUCCACCAGCUCUCCAGUGAUACGCGAGCUAGAAAACAAUGCAGAAUUACAGCGGCUCAGAGAUAUUGUUCAAGACCAACAAAACCAGAUUCGCAGCCAACGUCAGCUGAACUUCCAGCAGAAAGAGAAACACCGGGAAGAGCUUACAAAACUUCAGCAAUCAAAGAUGCAUGCCCUAAACACAAAAUUUGAGACCUUAAUGAGCAGUGUGAAUGAAGUACGCAAUCUAAGGCAUAAGUCAGCCAAGUUCACAUCUGAAGAGAUAUUUGGUGCAGUGAACGUCUUAAAUGAGAUGGCUGGGUUGGCUGUGCUCAGUAAAGUCAAGGCCACAGAAGAGUGUCUUGAACAAAAGCAGAAUGCGAUAAGGGCUUGUACUGACAAGGAACUUUUGCAGUCUCUUGUUGAGGAGAGGAAUACUUCCAGAACAGACCUGUUAGCUGAUAUUGAGGAACUAUGCACAAACUUGUCAACUGAACGACUGGAGGAGUGGAUGACAAAUCUUCAGGCAGCACACAAGUCUCUCCAAACAGUUGCUGAAUCAGUAGACUGCCCAUUGCCGACCCUUGAUGAAAGCUUGUCAUAUAGUGAUGUCAUAAAGGAGUAUGAGGAGUGGACAGAAAUUUGCAAGCUGGAUCUUGAGGAAGUGCGAAGUCGAUGUGACAAGGAGCACCAGCAUUUCAAUGCAACAUAUGCAGAUCUCAUGAAGUUGAUUGAAUUUGUCGAUCCUGAUGACAAAGUAAUUGAAGUUGACUUAGAUUCUGUGAUGGAAAAGUUUGUGUCUGUCAUGAAUGAAGAGAUUUCUGUCACCAAGCGUACUGGGGAAGACAAGGCAAAACACCUAAAGAGCAAAGUGCUUGCUGCUUUGUUAGGUCAGCUUUCAAAGGAGAUUGAAGAGGAUAGGUUGAGACAUGAUUUAGACCACUUCAAAUCACUGAAGGCUCAUAUCCAUGAAGCAAUAUCGAGCACUCCAGAUGUUCAGAAGGUGAUAGCAACAAAGAAGACUAUCCGAAGCCUAAAGUCCAAGAUAGGUCACAAGCUGAUUGAUCGGGAGGACCUGCGUGAGAGAGACGAUGCAGAAGAAGAAGAAAUCACACAGUGUGAAGAGGAGCUUUCUGAAGCAUACUUAAAACUACAUGCGGCUUUUGAUGAAGAGCAGAAACUUGUUGCUGAACUGGCUAAUUUAUCUUGUGUGCACUUUCCCGAGCUUCCUCUGAAUCAUCCAGAGCUGGACCUGAAGACAUGGCUGGCAACUCAAGGAUUAGUAGUUUCUGGACGAACCCUUGAUCACUACCCUGUUGAUAGUAAAGCUGCCAGUACCCCUUCCACCGGUUGCCAUGUUAUGGAAACACAAUUUGCUGGUCAGAGGUGUUAUAUCAAGGAAUACCAGAUGCUCGAUGUUGCCAGCAAGGAGCUGUUUGAGAGGCAGGCUAUAGAGUACCAUAAUGUCCAAAGCUUCAACGUGGCCAAAUUGCACUCACUCUUCUAUGCCAAGCAAGCCUUCACUGCAUACUUGCAUAUUCAGCAUUAUGUGACACUGGCUGGAUGGCUUGAAACAGAACCUUCAAAAGAGCAUGUGGUCUCAGUGGUACAUGGAUUUCUAGAGGGUCUUGAAUCUCUACAUAAAGCUGGCCUAGUGCAUGGGGGACUUACUGAACACUCUGUUCUAGUUGACACUGCAGCAACACCUCCCAUCGGAGUGAUCGGCCACUUUGACUUCUCCAAGCCCUUGUCGAACAGGAUUUCUGACACUUCGAGCAGCUUGGGGCUGACAGUUCGCAGUGAAGAUGCUGCCUUCGACAAAAUGUGCCUCACCAAGAUCUUCAACCAGUCUUACAUUGACAAAAUGUGCCUCACCAAGAUCUUCAACCAGUCUUACAUUGACAAAGAGGAUCCAGAUAUAAAGACGAUGAUGAACUCGCUAGUCUAAAAGUGUUUUGUGAGUGCAAGGCCGUUUCUGGUACAACUAAACCUUGACGUUUGUUUGCCUGUUGCCUUGUCGCUCCUGGCAUAUACGACCCCACAUGCCUGCCGUUCUCACUGGUGUCUUUCCCAAACAAGACGAAAUGAAAGCGUUCCAGUUGUCCUUCUGCUGGGUCUACCAUGUUUAAACCUAUUCAAGCUUUCAAGGACGUUGUGUUUCUUGAAGCUAUGAUUUCAGAAAUCUGAAAAUGGCCAUAGUAAUUAGCAUAGGGUAUUAUCUUUCAAAAUUAAAAAAAGAAUGCGCUGGACGGCCUCUUGCGAUUUAGCAUGUUUUAUUGUGCAUAUUUACGCUGUUGUUACUGUUAUAUAAAUCUGGUUUUGAUUAUCCGGAUUUUUUAAGCGUGAGCGGUGUCAAGAUAAAGUCGAUUGUUGAUUUCUAACAAUUGCUGAGAAGCUGUACUUUAGACCCUGCUUCCGAUCUUUUGAAUCUUUUACUGUUGCAAUAAAAUGAACGAAACGAGUUGUGAAUUUCUGUAGAACUUGGUAUGUAUUUAGAAUGAUAAAAGGGCGGACUGCGAGGCUAGCCAAGGUCCAUUUGCUUCCCCUUUAAUAUUGUCAGCAGUUUAUAGAAAUCAAAAUUCGACAAGUCCAUGACGGUCAAUAUACCAUGUUGUUCCUUAAAUUGUUAAAAAGAAAUUUAUUACCAUGAAAAAAUAGAUAUUAAGAAUUAUAAAUCCUUCAAUUAAGGACAUCAGUUUAUUGAUGGCUUAUUAUAGUGCAACGUUUAUUUCAAGAAAUAAAUUGAUAUUUGACUGA